AUGGGCAAGGGAGGCGCUCGCCUCUUCGACAUGUCCGAUGAGUUCGGCGUAGUGGCGGUGAUCGCCGCGGAGGGGGAGAAGCCCGAGGACUACGAGUCCGAGCAGGAGGCGGAGAAGGCCGAGGAGAAGGAGGAGGAGCCUGCGGGCGACGGCGCGGGGGCGGAGCCGCAGGACGGCGGGGAGGAGCCGAAGGAGGACGCCAAGAUGGAGGCUGCCGAGGACGCCGAUCCCAAGGACAAGUCCACGGAGCAGGCCGAGCCGGAGGCCAUGGAGGUCGAAGAGGAGAAGGCGGCGGAACCCACGGGCACCGACGGCGCACAGCCAAUGGAGGUCAGCGGGGACAAGGCGGAGGAGGGCGCCGAGGGCGACAAGGGGGCCCCGCCGGAGGAGGAGAAGCCGAUCGCUGCCGGCGACACGGUGGAGGGCAAGUUCGGCGCCGAGUACCUCGAGUGCACCGUGCUGGAGAUUGGCGAGAAGGUCGCGAAGGUCCGUUGGGCGUUCGACGGAGAGGAGGACCCCGACGACGUCGUCGUGGACAAGCUCCGCAGGAAGCCCCCUCCGCCGCCGGAGAAGCCGCCCUGGAAGCCGGAGGCGGGCGCUCCCGCGGAGGCCAAGUUCGGCCGGGACUUCCGGGAGUGCACGAUACUGGAGGUGGGCGACGCGGUCAUCAAGGUCCGGUGGGCCGACGACGGGGCCGAGGACGAGGUUGUCAGCACAAAGGUGCGCGAGAAGGACGAGCGACCUCCCCAGGAUGGGGCCCAGCCAGGCGGCCUCGCGGUCGGCCAGAAGGCCGAGGCGAAGUACGGCAACAGCUUCUUCAGCGUCACCAUUGUGGAGAUCUCGAAUGGCAGCGUGAAGGUCCGGUGGGACCACGACGGCUCCGAGUCCGCGUGCCCCGAGGCCGAGGUGAGGUGCGGCGACGCCGAGCAGACGCCGCCGGGCGGGCUCGCUGCUGGCGCGAGGGCCGAGGCCAAGUACGGCAACAGCUUCUUCGACGUCACGGUGGUGGAGGUCGGCGAGAGCACGAUCAAAGUCAAGUGGGACCACGACCAGUCCGAGGCGGAGUGCCCCAAGGACGAGGUCCGCCUGAAG